GCUCGCUAACGCCAGCGCCGCCUCUAGCUCACUGAGCUCCAGCCGAAGGAGAAGGGGGGUAAGUGAGAAGGUCUCAGUACCAUGGCUCGUACAAAGCAGCCUGCCAGCAAAUCCACUGGGGAUAGAGCACGAAGGAAGCAACUGGCUACAAAAGCCGCUCGCAAGAGUGCGUCCUCUACUGGAGGGGUGAAGAAACCUCAUCGUUACAGGCCUGGUACCGUGGCACUCCGCGAAAUUAGACGUUCCCAGAAGUCCACUGCACUUCUGUUCCACGAACUUCCUUUCCAGCGUCUGGUGCGAGAAGUUGCUCAGGACUUCAAAACAGACCUGCGCUUCCAGAGCGCGGCUAUCAGUGCUUUGCAGGAGGCAAGCGAGGCUUACCUGGUGAGCCUCUUCGAAGACACCAGCCUGUGCGCUAUCCAUGCAAAACGUGUAACAAUUAUGCCAAAAGACGUCCAGCUAGCGCACCGCAUACGUGGAGAACGUGGUUAAGAAUCCGCU